GAUUUUAACUCGUCCUGUUCCACUUGGCCCGUGCUUUCUUAUUUACUUAUUUCUGCGGCUCUGGGGUGGCCGUGGGGGGCAUAAGGGGCAGAUACGAGUAUGGCGGAACGGGAUUGGGCGAGGCAGCACGGAGUGUGAAGCUUAUCAGUCCAGUGAUAACCGCGAGGGUGAAACUGACGGGGCGCCACGAGGUACCCAGCGAAAAGAAUGUCCAGCAAUCCAAGCGAUGUGUUCCAAUACAAUCUUCCAAUCCUCACUCCAUUCUCAGCGGCCCACGUUUUUUCAUUAUCAUAUCUAUUCUACGGCAUUCUGAUAUCAAUCCAAGAUCAAUGUUUACUUUUUCAUCAUUAUUUCCCCCUCUCUUCUCCUCCACGAUAUCCUCCAUCAGACAUUGGUACAGGUAAGCAGCCCUCUAUCAUCUUCCCCCCCC